GCUGUGUGCGCGCCCAUUUUUUUGCAUUGUUGGAGCCAUUCACUUUCGUUUAGUGUUACGUGCGUAGGAACUCGGUACGUGGUGCAGUGGUAGCCUCGUUCUUGAUCGAUCGAUAUCUGUUUGGCACUUUACCGCAAUACGCUCCACUCUCAUUCACCCGUUAUGGCUCCCUCCCGUUCGAAUCGUUCUCGAUUUUUCUCCCGUUCCGGAGCCAUUCUACGCUUGUUUUGAAUGGUGAGCGGCACGCGCCACUCCGACGACCCCGUCUCUCACUUAUUCUAGAUCCUAAACGCGUUAUGUUCUCACUCCCUCGCUGUUGAAGUAGGAUUAACUCCCUUCAAAUCCGGGAACAGUGUGCUGUUCCAAAAAAUGGCGCCGUCUUUUCACCUUGAAGACCUGCUAAGUCGAUUAAGAAGAGAUGGUAAAAUCUACAAUGCCGUAUCGAACGAUGUCUCGCAAAAAGGAGCGGGACCGGAGGGUUCCCCAGAAGUCCCUUCUCCUGUUACUACUAUACCAGAAACGACUGUCCCGCUCAAUGAGACGGUCGCCGAAGUCACCGAAAAUCCUCUAAAGGAUUUAGCUGCUGAAUACAUGAAUAAAUUUUCUGAGAUGACGCACAUACCCGUUUGGGGUAUCAUCGCUAUCGCUAUCGGUAUUGCCCUUCUGUUUCUAUGCAUUUGCUGCUGCUGCUUAAAACGUUGGUGCAAGAAGAGGUUUAAGAAAGACGGCAAAAAAGGAUUUAAAGGUGCAGUCGAUUUUAAAGGGGUUGGUUUGUUAGGUGGUUCCUUUAAAGAAAAAGUUCAACCGGAUAUGGAAGAAUUAGAAGAAAAUAUGGAGGGUGAAGAAGAAGAAAGUCACAAGUCAGAAGAGAAAUUAGGACGGUUACAAUAUAAACUAGAUUACGACUUCAAUAGCAACAACUUGGCUGUCACAGUAAUCCAGGCGGAAGAAUUACCCGGAUUAGACAUGUCGGGAACUUCUGAUCCCUACGUAAAAGUCUACCUGCUUCCAGACAAGAAAAAGAAAUACGAAACGAAAGUGCAUCGAAAGACGCUUAAUCCCGUAUUCAACGAAACCUUCAAUUUCAAGGUGCCAUUUUCAGAGAUUACAUCCAAGGACUUAGUUUUCGCCAUUUUCGAUUUCGACCGAUUUUCUAAACAUGAUCAGAUUGGAGAAGUCAAAAUACCUCUUGGCACUGUUGAUCUGGCUCAAACUAUCGAAGAGUGGAGAGAUCUCACUAGUGUUGAGGGCGAGCAAGGACAGGAAAACAAGCUAGGAGAUAUUUGCUUUUCGUUGAGAUUCGUACCCACAUCAGGAAAACUAACCGUCGUGAUCUUGGAAGCCAAAAACCUAAAGAAGAUGGACGUCGGAGGGUUAUCAGAUCCCUACGUCAAGAUCGCCAUUAUGCAAAAUGGCAAGCGUAUCAAGAAGAAGAAGACGAGUAUUAAGAAGUGCACCCUGAAUCCAUACUACAAUGAAUCCUUUACCUUUGAAAUUCCAUUUGAGCAAAUCCAGAAAGUACAAUUGGUCGUCACAGUCGUCGAUUACGACAGAAUCGGUACAUCCGAACCAAUUGGAAAAGUGGUGUUGGGAUGCAACGCCACCGGAACCGAACUACGUCAUUGGAUGGACAUGCUAGCAACCCCAAGACGUCCAAUUGCUCAAUGGCAUUCUCUGAAGGACCCCUACGACGGACAAGAAAAAUGAGAUUGUUUCAAAGGUAAUUGUUUCUGUGUACAUCAUGUCGAAGAAUAUAAUCCCGUUUUGUGUCGGACAAAACGGAUUAUAAGCAGUUUCUCAAAUCUCUUCCAAGUAUAUCUUCUCGUAGUUCUUUUCACGUGAUUUUUUGCUAUAGAUUUGAUUUAGGAAAACCGAAAACACACUACCUUUUUGAUUUUCUUCCUCGUGUUACGGGGAUUAAAAACAAAAAAAAAAAAAAAAAAAAAGCAAUCCACACACACACCGAAAAAAAAAA